CCGAGGAUGGGAUAGCAGCUGUUUCUUUUUAUAUAUCUAGUACUUUAGUGUGCGAACUUUUGAUUCAGGAUGGACACUACUGCUGAGAUACGUGUGUCAUUUUGUGUGUGGCAUCUAAAUUCCUCACAGGUAUGGCUUCUUCAUCACUAGAUAGUUCUUUAACCUGUGUUAUUCAGUUACAGAGUGAGCAGAUCCAGCAGUUGCUGCAAGCCUUGAUGCAGCAGAAUCAACAAGUAGUACAGUAGCCUCAGCCAUUGCCUCCAUCAGCCGUUUCACCAUUCCGAAGUUUCAACAAACAGCACGAGGACUGGUCAAAAUAAUUAGCUCAACUGAUGAAUCAUACUGAGCCACACCAAUUACAAGGAAAAUGGCAACGUUCAUGAAGAUAGGAUGACCAAUCCUAAUUACGGGAUUUGCAUUGGUAAGGACACAACCGGAUCUACAGGUUACCAAAUUCCAGUCAUCCCCAGGUUUAUAUUAUGAUAAGAAAGGUAUGGUCAGUUUAGCUUACAAUUCUCCAGGUAACACUAUAUACUUAAAUUUUGGUUUUAGAUCUUCUAGAUUAGAGUCCACUGAAUCCUUUACAGCUCUUGCUGAUGAGUUUUGCCAGCAAAAACUCUUGCAUUUUAUCAUGCUUAUAUUCAAUUGUAAUACUGCAAAACAGGUGCUACAAUGGCAUGUACGUAAGAUAACAAACUCACGAGGUCUAAUUGAGCAAUUAGCACAUCACAGGCACAGGAUUAGAAAAUGUGGAAUAUUAAACUUUGUUGGUGAAAUAAGUAAAGUGCUUUUUGGAACACUAGAUGAAGAUGACACAUCUUAUUUUAAAAGCGAUAUCAACCUGCUUGAAGGAGAACAGAAGGAAUUACUUAGGUUGUCAAAAGAACAGGCAAUAUUACAUAGUUUCAACCAUAUGGUAAACUCAAUAUUAUUAAGUGUGAUUCUAAUUAAAGAUGAGAUUAAAGAUAAGCAAUUCCCAGUAGCUCUAAUUGAAGACAUGGGGCACCAGUUAAUGAAGGUGAUUGUUUUAGAUGUAUUAGUUGCUGGUAAUAUAUUAAGUUAUGUACUAAACAUUCCAUUAGUCGAUAAAAGUGUGUUUCACAUGUACAAGCUCUGGCCAUUACCAGUCGAGGUUGAUAGAAAUACACGGUUGUUUACGUAUAUAGCACCAGAGAAGGAAUUUUUAUUAAUGGACGAUGCUAAAAGACAGUAUGUAAAAUUAAGCAAUGAACAGUUGGUUUGUAAAAAGAUUGAACCUGAUCAUAGUAUAUGUAAAGAGACCUUUGUCUUACUUUCCACCUAUGAUCAUGAAGUUUGUGAAGCUAGAAUGCUGCAACCAAUAAUUAAAAUUCCUGCUGAUUGAAUUCAAAAGUACAUAAUAUUGAAUGAAAG